UCGGUCUUUUCUGUCUGGUGGUUCGCUGAUGUGGUUUUUAAGAAGUUAGCUUGUAAACCUAACAGGCCAAUUUAACCAGUUUGUCUCUUAUAUUUUAGUUCUUAUUCACACGGAUUAUGCCUUAUUAUCAAACAUGGGAAGAGUUCGCUCGUGCAGCAGAAAAACUAUAUUUGACAGAUCCAAUGAAGGUCAGGGUGGUUCUCAAAUACAGACACUGUGAUGGUAACCUUUGCAUCAAAGUCACCGAUGAUGCAGUGUGUUUACAAUACAAGACGGACCAGGCCCAGGACGUGAAGAAGAUAGAGAAACUCCAUGGCAAACUGAUGAGGCUUAUGGUGUCCAAGGAAAGUGGUGCCAUGGAAAUGGACUGAACAGCCUUACACACAGUUGUAUUAACUCUUCUUUGAGUCUAGACUGUGGUGUCAAUAGCACAAACGGAAGAGAACGGAGCUGGAAUGACGACAUUGGAUCAUGAGAGGGAAGGGAGGGGAAAUCAUAAAUGAAAAUGGAGAGCAUAACCUUCGCUGCUCUAAAGAGGGAUUUGCUGAAGCUCUUUUAAAGAGCUUUUAUUUAUUUUCAGUUUUAAGAUGGACUAAAAACAGAUGGAGAGACGCAUGUCUAUUUAUGUAUGUUUUUUGUUUUUUUUCACAUCUGGAAACGUUCAUGAACAUGUUUAAGUGAACAUGAAUGAAGCAUGACCUUUUUGAUAUUAGCACAUGCUAUUUUAGUGAAAGAAGAAACAUGCCUCCAAUGUAAUUUAGUCAACUCUAAAAAAUAAUUGCGUUACUCAAUAAAUGUUUAUAUACCCCCAUAACAGCCAACAUCUCUCAAUAACUCAAAGAUUUUGAUUUAAAGCAUUGUAUGAUUCCAUUUCAAUAUCUCCCCAUAUUGCUUUUGUUCAAGCUACCAUACUAAUAAGCACACAGUGGCUGAAUGUUUUCAAAUGUUCCCUAUUAAUAAUCAAGAAUGCCUGAUUUUCUGACACCCUCCAUUGAUUUGAAAAUAACUUCUCCUCAAACCAGGUCAGUACCACGCUUGGAGAAGCAUCUGUUCAUUCUCUUAUGCGUUUGCACAGUUGCGUCUUAAAGUAGCACUCCAGUCUCCUUUUCACCACAUUUAACGCCUGAUUUACUUAACAUCUCAAUAGGUGGUCCAGGUAAGUCAGACAUGGCACGGGGUGGGGGACGGGACUUUACUCGUGUUCUUUAUUGCGCCUCUAUUGUUCCUCAAGCAAGGGGAGAGGCCGAUGGCAUCGAGACUUUCUAUCAAACCAACUCCUUGCAUGCACUACUCAAAGUUUGCAGUUGUGUCUAAAUAAACAUUAUUUUGCCAAAAAAAAAAAAAAAAA